UGUUGUUCCACAUUGAGCGAGUGUCAAGAGAAGUGCAGCGGCAAGAGGUUCCGUCAGUCAGCACCUGUCACCAUGAAGACGGCUGUUGUGUUCAUUGUUGUCUGCUGCGCAGUCUCAGCGCUGUCAUCAGCUGAAGACAAGAAGAAAUCCAAACCUUCUGCAUCUGUGUCCCCUGCGGAGCAGUUUGGCAGCUCGGAAGGCCCCAAGCCUACAACUGCCACCCCCAAGCCUACAACAACCACCCCCAAGCCUACAACAACCACCCCCAAGCCUACAACCACCACCCCUAAGCCUACAACCACUACGCCCAAGCCUACAACCACUACCCCCAAGCCUACAACCAUACCUGUUCCAGAACCCACCCCACCCACCAACUUGACUGUAGGAAACUACAGUCUAGUGACUGACAAAAAAGUGGUUUGCCUGAUGGCCCACAUGGCGCUGCAGAUCCGAUUGGAAUCAGCAAAGGCCAAUGGAACCUUUAUUGUUCAGCCAACAAAGACCAAGACUAUAGGAAGUUGUGGGGAAACCAAGGCGAACCUGACCCUUGUCUUCAAAGAGGGCUUUAUCACCUUCAUGUUCAACAAGAGCGUCGCUAAUGAUUCUGCCUACGUUGAUACUCUGUCUUUCAAUUUCUCCUACGCCUUCACCAAGGGAGCUCUCAAGAGUUAUCCUGCCAACAACAAGUCAAUGCAUCUCUUUGCUGCCAAGAUCGGACACUCCUACUCCUGCAAGGGUGAAUCUCUUUACAUGGGGAAUGGACUGUACCUGGAUGUCAAUCAAGACAGGAUGCAGGCCUUCAAUCUGACCAAGAGCGGUGACUUUGGCUCGCCUGACGUCUGUCCUGCUGACAAGCCCAAUUACAGUGUCGCCAUCGGGGUGGGUGUGACACUGCUGGUGCUCAUUGUGAUCGUGGUGGUGGCCUACCUGCUGAGCCGCAAGAGGAGGAGUGAUGGGUACCAGACUCUGUGAGGUGGGCCGGGCAGAGGGCCAUAAGAGGUCACCCAGAGGUGACUCCCGUUAGAAACCCAAGUCAGUGAGGCGGUGAGGCUCUUUCUCAGGGGCUGGGGAGCACUUCCACCGAGGCCUAACCAUUCCUGCCACUUUAUAGUGCUUUAAUGUAAUCAAUAAAUUAAUUUAAAAAGCUGUUAUAAAUUGAUUAAAUUUAAAUGUUGUAUUGAUAAGUUCAAAGUAAAAAUAAUAUCAUUAAAUUUAAAUUCUUCUAUUCUGACUCACAAAAUACAUCUUGAAAAGACAUUUAAUUUUAACUUUUUUUGAUUCCAUUUACUUAUUUCAUUGUCUCUAAAUUUUAAUUUUGCAGUUGAUUAAUUUUCUGCUGUAACAUUCACAGUUGUGAUCGAUUUCAUGAGCUGUUUAAGCAGCGUGUCAAAGUCCGGCCCACAGAGCAGCAGAUGGAGCGCUGACAUAACCUGGCCUUGGACUUUAGAUAUAACUUUCAGUUGACACACUGCUUUAGACUGGAUUAAAACUCUAAAACACAAAACGAAUUAAUUGAAGUUUAAGCAAAUGGAAUAACAAAAAGUAAAAUUUAAAAACUGUACAUUUAAUUUGUAGUUUUAUUAAAAAUCAAUUAUUAAUUCACUAUUUAGAGAGACAACAAUGAAACAGCAUUAGUAAUUGUAAAAUUUAAAUAUUUAUAUGUUUUUACUUUGAAUUUAAUAAUCUAUCAUUUUAAUACAAAUUUGAUUAAUCAAUAGCUCUUGUAUUAUUAUUCCAGUGGCACACUGCUGACUCCAUACAUAUAGUUUUUAAAAGCCAAUAUAAAACAACAUUUUUUUUAAACUUUAGCCCAUUUUUAUAUGAUAUUUUUUAUGCCAGAAGAUUACACAAAGUCACUGGAAUUUGACACCAGAAUAUUUUUCCCAUCAUCCUUUGACAGAGUGUUUCCAUAUUUGGACACUAAAUAUGAUGAUACUAACAAUGACAUGUCUAUACAAACUGACAUCACACGUGUGUAAAACUGACCACAGUGCUUCAUCAUAAUCAGUAAGGUUAUGUUUUUACAUUAGACAGCCAGUGUAUUAAAGGGUCAGUAUUGUGAUGAUGUAAGUUUAUAUUCAAUUUCUUACAAGAGGCUAGUAUUGGUUUCUUAUAUCAGUCUAACCCACAUUACUAUCUCACUGAGCAGUGGAAGUGAAAUAUACAUAUAUAUAUUUAUACAUAUAUAUAGAUAGAUAUACAGCUUGUUUUGACAAAUACAGUUUAAAUUCUGCAUCUAUGUGUGAGCAUUAUGUGUCAAAUGUUUUGUUCUUCUUCUGCUGUUUUUUUUUAAGAAUCAAAUGUUGUGUGUUCUGUCGUCCAGGGAUUUUAUUAUUGAAAAGAAGGGAAUUUAUCCAAUUACUAACUUUACAGGUGAUUAUAAUGUGUUUGCAUUAUUAAUCAGCACAAAAGGGAUAUUUACACAGAUGUUUGUAAGGGAUUAGUUCUACCUUAUCAACAUUAAUUGCACUGAUUGUUGUUCCAGCUUAUUAUUACUUUUGCUCGUUGAAUACUAUAUGUAGCUGAUGCUGUGUUUUCAUAGAAAUGCAAGGAUGGACAAUCCAGGCAUGAACCAGAUUAGAUUUUUAAUAGGUCAUACAUUCAUCACAUCUCAGGAGUCCAUCUCUCCUCCCCCCACCAAGUCCACUUCACUGCCCUGAAGGUAUACUUUGGCAUUUGGGAAAUAUGUUUAUUCGCUCUGCAGCUGUUUCCCCUUGUUGUCAAUCUUUAUGCUAAGCUAAGCUAACCGCUCCUCGCUCUAGCUUCAUAUAUGAUGCACAGUUAUGAGACUUGUAUCGAUCUUCUCAUCUCACUCUCAACAAGGAAGCAAACCAGCUGUUUCCCAAAAUGUCGAACUGUUCCUUUGAACAUGCAAAACUGACAACCAAAGAUUGUGUUGUGCAUUCAUUGAAACUGAGUGGGCAUAACAAAAAAAAAAAAAAAAAAAAAAAAAAAAAAA